GGAAGUCCGUGGAAGCAUGCCUUGGACCCCGCGCUUGCUUGCCCUUCUCCUUCUCUUGGACCCGGCUUUCUGCAGUUACUCAGAAGAUCAGUGCAGUUGGAGGGGAAGUGGUCUGUCCCAAGAAGCCGGCAGCGUGGAACAGAUCUCUUUGCACUGCGCCGAAGGAUCCUUGGAAUGGCUGUAUCCUGCCGGAGCUUUGCGCCUAAGUCUGUCUCCCCGCCUGCCCACGGGCCCCGCCGGCAAAGAGAAACCGCGGCAUAUCACCGCUUGCAUCAAGUCCUCGAGCAGCUUCCGGGGAGCCCAGAUUUACUUGGAGCGGGACGGGGUCUUGGAACUGCUCCUCUCGGAGACGGAAGCGGCCUUACAGCCCAAGGUGCGCUGUUUCAGGUGGCUGCCUGGAGAGAAAGCGGCCCUCUUCCUCCAGUCCACUCUGCACCAAGACAUCAGCCGUCGGAUUGCAGCUUUCCGUUACGAGUUGCGGGGUGAGUGGAAGGCUCACUUCUCCUGGCCUUGGAGGAACCUCAGUGUGGAAGAUGCAGGGACUUGCCGUCCGUGUAACAACACCGAAAUCCUGAUGGCCGUUUGCACAAGUGAUUUUGUUAUCCGUGGCAACAUCAAGUCCGUCUCCAACGACAGGGAAGCCCAAGAAUCGAUCAUCGGCGUGAGCGCAACACGGAUCCAUCGACAGAAAUUUGCUCUGUUUCAACCGGUCAGCAAAUCUGGAAAGUCCACAGGCAACAUCCACACCCUCCUACGAUGUGGGGUGAAACCCGGUCCAGGCAGUUUUUUAUUCACUGGGUGGAUGCACUUUGCGGAGGCCUGGCUCACCUGCGCUCCCCGAUACAAAGACUUCAUCCGCAUCUACGAGGAGGCGCGACAGGCUCACGAGAACCCCUGCGAAGUCUCGUUGGACUGACUUGAGACGAGCUCAGGAAGAAGGGAAGCCUACUUGGGGCUGUGAUCAAGCCAGAAUCAGCCGUCCUUGUCUUGG